AUGAUCCUCUCUUCUUUCCUUUUCCUUGCCAUCUGCACUGCGAUCUAUGUCGUCUGGGAGAGAAACUUUAAUCAACUUUACAAUCAAUCGACAUGGGAUUUCCAUGAGAAAAUCCUUGCUCAGUUCGGAAAUAUUGUGAGGCUUCAGUGUAUCUCUGGUGACUCACUAUUGUACGUGGCCGACUCUCGCGCCCUCCACAAUAUUCUUGUCAAGGAUCAGUACACAUUCGAAGAGGCGUCAACAUUCAUAGAGUCUCAUUUUGAGAUAUUAUCUUUAGGCGAGCACCACCGGAAGCAGCGCAAGCUCCUCAACCCUGUGUUCUCUGCGAAGCAUAUGCGGUCUCUCACGCCUGUGUUUUACAAAGUCACAGAUAAGUUCCGACGGGCGCUGACGAGCAAGAUCGGGGCGGCGGGAGGAAAGCAGGAGGUGGAUGUCAUGGUAUGGAUGUCGCGUAUUGCGCUCAAGCUCAUCGGCCAAGGCGCGCUUGGGUACUCGUUCGAUAAUAUAGGCGAAGAAGGCGCGAACGAAUAUGGGAAAGCUGCCAAAGCUAUGAUGUAUGUUCGCGCUCCUGUACCCAGCCUGCUGAUACGACCGUAUAUGCCUGCGCUCUUUGUGACAAUCGUCCCACGUCAACUUCUCCCCUGGGUUUCGGAUCUUGGGUCCGCAAGCUUCUGGGAGAAAGCCGUGCGCGCUCUACCUUCGAAGCCUGUGCGUGCCCUCGUCGACAUUGUAGACAUCAUGGAUCACACUUCGCGCGAGAUCCUCGAGAGGAAGGAGGCGUUGCAGAAGGGCGAUGCGGAGGUCAGUCAGGAAGUCGGUGAGGGCAAGGACAUCAUAAGCGUGAUCACGCUCAUAAUUGCCGCAAUGGACACGACCUCGGCUGCGCUUUCAUGCAUUCUCUACCUACUCUCUCAGAACAUCGAUGUGCAGGACAAGCUCCGCGCCGAACUGACGCGUGCGCGUGAGGAGAGCAGAAGCCCUAUUGGCGAGAUGGACUACAGCCAGCUCGCGCGUAAAGACGUGAUGCUCCCGCUCGGCACACUCAUUACAGGUGAUAAUGGGCAGCCUAUCUCGGAGGUCUUCAUCCCAUGCAACACAGACGUGAUAUGCAGCAUCAUCGGUGUCAACCACAACCCGGCCAUCUGGGGGCCCGACGCCACGACUUGGCGCCUCGAGCGCUGGCUCGAGCCGCUCCCGCCUAGCGUGUCGGACGUGCGCGUGCCCGGGGUGUAUUCGAACAUGAUGACGUUCGCGGGAGGUGCGCGCGCCUGCAUCGGGUUCAAAUUCUCUGAGCUCGAAAUGAAGGUCGUGCUGGCCAUGCUCCUGCCGCUGGUUAAGUUCGCGCCGUCGGGCAAGCGCGUCGUCUGGAACAUCGGGACCGUCUCGACGCCCAGACUGCCAGGGACGAACACGCCGACGAUGCCGCUCGUACUGUCGCUCAUCGACGCUGAGAACUAA